AAUGGAAAACAAAACAUGCUUACGCCGGUGUCAAUAAAACCGCGUCCUGUUAUUGUCGGCUGAUAAUUUGAAACUGAAUUUCAUUAAGUAUACUCGUUUGUGAUAAGGAGAAUACUGUUAUAUUCUAGAAAAAAUUUUCUUGGGUUUCAGAUCUCGAAAAUGAAGCAGUGUUUAUUAUUUAUAUGGGCAAUUUUCUCUGCAACCCUUGUUACUGAAGCUACAGCCGCUAGUGGUUCUGUUGAAUUGGAUGAGUAUUCUUUUCAUAAAGUUAUCAAUAAAUUUGAAGCUUCCCUAGUAAAAUUUGAUGUAGCAUUCCCCUAUGGAGAUAAACACGAUGCAUUCGUGGCGCUCGCUAAGGACUCUAAAGAUGUUGAGGAUCUUUUAGUGGCCGAAGUUGGAGUGAAAGAUUAUGGGGAAAAAGAUAACGAAGAGCUCGCUAAGAAGUAUGGUGCUACUAAGGACAAUUUCCCGAUAGUAAAGCUAUUUGUUAAAGGCAAGAGUGAACCUAUUCUAUUUGACGACUCUAAGGGUUUCUCAGCCGACGAGCUGCGUCGCUUCGUCCGAGAAAAAACUGGGCUGUACUUGAGUUUACCUGGCUGUGUUAAGGAACUUGAUAAGCUUGCUUCGAAAUUCAUGCAAGCUGGUAAGGACAAAAAGAAAGAAAUAUUAAAAGAGACAAAAGAUGCUUUAGAGAAAAUUCCAGAAAAGGAUGCAGUUGCUGGUAAAAUCUACAAACUGAUAAUGGAAAAAAGUUUAGAUAAGGGCGAUGAAUUUACUAAAUUAGAAAAUGAAAGAGUUAAGAAACUUUUAAGUGGUAAAUUGUCUGAAGAAAAGAAGAAGGAAUUGGGCAUCAGACUUAACAUUCUGCAAUCUUUCCAACUGCUAGAUAAGCAAAAAUCUGUUGUGAAAGAUGACUUGUGAUUUUAGAAAUACAUUUGUUAGGCUAUGCUGCUACUCGAUUAUUUCAUCCUUUACUUGAUCAUACAUUUUAUGUAUCAUAGUAUUUAUGAAUAUUGAAAGAGAUUUUAAAAUGUUCACUGCCAACUACUCAUCUAGUGAUUUCACUUUGAUAGAAAGAAUUUAUUGUUUUCCAACUUCAAUUUUUAAUAUCAAAAAGGAGUAUGAUUAACUGUUGGUUAAAUAAUUGAAAAGUG